ACUCUUCGCGGUAACUUUACGAAAUAUUCUUCCUUUUCUAUAUCGUUAAAGCUACUGUUUAUGAUGAAAGAAAUAACUACUUUAUUAGUAUUUUAAUAAGACAAAACCAAGAUAAAUAUGUCGCAAAGUUUGGGAUACGAAGAAAGGGAUAUUAACAAUAGGCUGGCUCAAAAUUUUCAAGAUGGCAAUUAUUAUGAAUGCCUAAACGACCUUCUUAUUUUUACGAAUCCAUUCAUUGAUAUCGAAUUUAAAGAGAAUAAUGAUGAUCGUUAUUUGAUUGGCGGCAAUUUUGAACGUGAACCAGACCAUAUCAAUCUUAUUGUAGCAAGAUCCUUAAAAACUCUAUUGGAGAGCAAAGAGAAUCAAUCAAUUGUUAUUUCUGGGGAAUCCGGCUCUGGCAAAGGCGAAAUUUUUCAGAAAAUAAUCAAUCAGUUAAACUAUAUUGCAUCUAAGCAGGAUUUUAGAAACAUCCGUCAAACUAGAAAUUUAAGGCAAUUAAUGUUAAAAGCUAAUGAAUUAGUUGAUGUUUUUGGUACUGCUAAGACACCUAAGAAUAAAAAUUCCACUAGAUUUACGAAAAUGUUUAAUGUUUUCGUCGAUGGAGAAGGAUUAAUUAAGGGAUCAUUUCUGAAUGUGUACCUUCUUGAAAAGUCACGAUUGAUCGAGAGGGAAGAGGGUCAUUUUAACUUUCACAUCUUCUAUUGGAUCCUGGCAGGAUUAAGUGAUGAGGAAAAAGAAAAUUUUCACUUAGAAGAAAUUAAAAACUAUAGGAUUCUUCAAAAUUUUGAAGAUCAGCCUCAAACGUUAAGCACAGAGGAGGAGAAAUUUCUUAAAGGCAAAUUUAACCAUUUAAUAGAAACAAUGAAAAUCCUGAAUUUGGACGAUGAUGAUAAGGGAACAAUCUUUGCGAUGAUCUCCGCCGUAUUAAAUCUGACAAAUAUUAAAUUUGAAAUGAAAAACAAAAAUGGUAGCAGCGAUUUAACGGUUUGCAAUAAUAAAUACUUUAGGAAUGCGGCCAAUCUUUUAGGAAUUUCAAUAGCAAUGCUUCGCAAAGUUCUCUUGGCUGAUAUUUCUCUCCAUAAUCCAUCUCUAUUUUUCAAAAAUACAUUAGAAAUGGCCGAAUAUAGCAGAGACUCCUUAGCCAAAACAAUAUAUUGCAGUCUAUUUGAUUGGAUAGUUAAUAGGGUAAAUUCAGUUAUGGCAAUGGAAGAAGACUUAAUAGAAAAGAUUUCUGGGAAAUUGACGGAAACUCGUCCAAAUAUGAUUUCACUAUUCAAUUUACCUAGCAGAGAUGGAAAAGGAGAAAAAAAUGGAUUUGAACAAUUGAUAUGUAAUUCUCUGAACGAAGAACUUCAUUCGUUCUAUACUGAAAGCCUUAUAGAAGAUAAGAAACGUCAAUAUGAAGAAGACAGAGAGAUAUAUAAUCCAAGUGAAAGAAUUGUCGAUGGCAAACUGAAAGCUUUACAUUUGCUGCAAAUGUUUUGGCUUAUAGUGAAUAACCAUGAUCAAGGAUUGAAAGAUGAUUAUGAUCUUAUUCGUCAAAUGAUCUCGAAAGCUAGUGCUUUUCCCCGUCAAAAUUAUUUUACAGUUAAAAGGCCAGUUAAAACGUCAUUUACAAUCUUACAUCAUUUUGGAGAGGUACUUUACGAUGCGGAAGGAUACCUCCUCAAAAACGUUGAUUACAAAUGUAGGACGAUAAAGGGAAUAUUCGAAGAAUCUAAUAAUCCCUUUAUACAAGAUAUUUUUACAGUUCCUAUUGAAGAUACUGGUAAUAUCAAAAUUGAGAAUAUACGUAGUAUGAAAAUGGAAGUUUCCAAUACCGGUAAAUUGUCUUUGGCACCAAUGGGAAAAAGCAUACUGAAAUACUCAAGCGAGAAUGAUAAUGAUAACAAUCUAACUAUUGGCAAUCAAUUCAGUAAUUCAAUAGCAGAAAUAAUGAAACUGUUAAAAAUUUCAAAUCCAUACUUUGUCAAAUGUAUAAAAACAAAUGAUACAGGCGAAUCAGAGAUGUAUGAUGAAGGAGUAGUAGAUCGUCAAUUGAAAGAUAGUUUAAUAAGGGAUAUUGAUAAAUUGUAUCAACAGAUAUGUCCUAUUAGCUUUAGCUUUAUUAACUUUAGCAAAAGGUAUCAUCACAUGGAAGAAGAGUUAGCUGAAAAUUUUGAGAAUUCUGGAAAAGAUGAAAAAGCUUUCACAAAAGAUUGUAUGAGCUACUUAGAGCAAAGAGGAGAAUUAGAUAAAAACGACUACUGGUUAGGAAGGAAGAGAGUUUAUUUGCAAACUUCUGCAUAUACAAUUUUGGAGACCCUUUUGCACAGCUAUGAAAGGAGAAAUGGGCCAUCGAGUAGAACUACGCACUUGAUAUCCAGAAGAUUAACUAAUCGUAAAACGACUGAACAGACAAGACUAAUAGUUGCAAAGAAGCGUUCAUCUUUUAGGAGGAGAACUAAGAGAGCAAGAAACGCGAGAAACAUUGACAACAGAGAUAGAAUAGAUGAAGAAACUGAAUCAAUGCUGGAUAAAUUGAAUAAUAUAGCUGAGCCAACGUUAGCAAAUACGUCAAAAGAUGAAUGUGAAGCGAAGAAUGAAAAACUCCCAUGGGACAAAGCGGACAUAAUACAGUCUGAACGAACCUCAGCUAGUGAAAACUUUAAUAUUGCGCUAAAAGGACUCAAAGUAGUUAUGUAUGUUCUUUUAUUUAUUUGUACAUUAGGUGGAAUUAUCUGGAGCAGUCUGGGAUUACUAUGGAUGACUUCCAAUUUGAAUAAAAACUUAAAACUCAUAAAUGACUCUAUUGCCUCUGACGAAGCUAAAAUUGAAUACGAAAGAACUUGGUCUCAGCUGCUAUUAUUCUUAUGCAUUCCUCCAUUUUUUUCUGGCUUAAUAAGCUUCGCAUUUUUUCUUUUUGGAGAUAAGAGCAGACCGAAAAUUAAAGUUUUACUUUUCCUUGUCUGUUUGGAACUGUUGGAUGCUGUUGGUCAAGUUCUGUUAGCAACUAGGAUACUACCAAUCUUUAGCAGUUUAUCUGGUAUAGGACUUUUAUAUUCGGUUUCACUUUUUCCAUCCUUUCUAAAAAUUUUACCGAUUCUGAAAUGCAGCAAAAACUCUCAAUCGCCUCAAUUACAUAAUGAUGGUGAUAAUAACAGAGUUAAUUUACGUGUUAAAAUUUAUAAGGCUUUUGACAUAUUGGCAUUUAUGGGACAAUUACUAUGCACUAUUUUUCCAUUGAUAUCUAUUGGUCUACAAUUAGAUUUCGCUGUGGAUGCAGACAAUCUAGCUAAUAUAUGGAUGCCUUUGGUGUCACUACUAUUUUGUUCUUUUAAAAUAUGGGAGAACUUUGUAGAUUUUUUUGACCCUCUACGUGGUGCUCUUAUAAUUAAAAGAAAUAUCUCCAAUAUGGUGUUAUGUCUUUGCCACAUUACUUUUGUGAUUUCUUUUGGGAUCUUGUUUGAAUUUACGGGACCUGGCAUUGUAAAAUCCUUCAGCUUCCAUCCUUUCGCUGAUACGAAGACGUACGUUGAAAUAUUUUGGACACCUGCAAUAUCAAUGGGUAUUGGAGCAGCUCUAGCUUAUUAUACAGGAUCUUUGGCCAUUAAGACGAAAAUGCAAUACGUCUCUUAUUCGGUACCUGUAACUAUAGCUACUCCGUUACUCGUUGUAUUUGUAAUUCUGCAAACCAAUGGAUACAUUCCUGCUAUAUCAAGCGGUUCAUUCGAAAUCAAACUUACAAACUUCGACAUGACAGGCUUGCAGACUGCUCUUGUUAUCAUAUUCAUUUUGGUGGCAUGGAUAUCAACAUUAUGGAUUGGACGUCACAUUUGGCAUAAAAACACGGCACCUCUAGCGAAAAGGGAAGAUAUAUUUGCUCUGCCGCUCUACAAUAUGAUUACAAUCAACUCUAACCUAAUACUUAACAAGAGAAGAGAAGAUCAUCAUAAAUUAGAUAAACUUAAAAAGAACGCAAACGAAAAAGAAAAAAAUCCAACAGCAGAAGAAGAAGAACAUUUUGCUGGAAUAGAUCAGAAUAAAAGACGAAGAUUUUUGAGUGCUACAGAUGAGCUUCCACAACUCAAUGAAGAACAAGCUCAGCAGCCAGGACAGCGGGUGAAAAAAGUGUAUGCUUGUGCAACUAUGUGGCACGAAAAUAGGAAUGAAAUGAUGCAAAUAAUGAAAUCUGUGUUUAGGAUGGACAAGUAUCUCAGUAUAAAAAGAGAGGAAGCAUGUAAGAAGAGAAGGCAAAAUCAACAAGGGACUUCUAAGCCUAAGAAAACUUCUUCAGAAGAGGAAGCAAACCCAAAAAGUAGUUUCUAUGAAUUUGAAACUCACAUAUUAUUCGACGAUGCCAUGAAAAAGACAGAUGAUGGAAAAAUUGACUUCAAUGAACACGUGGUAAGACUUAUGGAUGUUAUGAAGGAAGCCCAAAAUUCUGUUUGUGAGACGAGUGUUCCUUUAGAACCUCCCAAAAGAAUUGAAACACCUUACGGAGGUCGAUUGGUUUAUAAACUUAUUGGAAAAACAAUGAUUUAUGUCCACUUAAAGGAUAGAGAUAAAAUAAGGCGAAAGAAACGUUGGUCGCAAGUUAUGUAUAUGUAUUAUCUACUAUGUUUCAAAAUCUGUGGAUUAAAAAAUGACGAAGAUACGGCUAGAGUGGAAAAUGAUUAUGAAGAGUCCAAAGGAAGACAGAAUUGGAGAGAUAUGAGAUUGCCAAGUGAAAUGACUGCGGAACAAAAAGAUGAAGCAGAACAAACUUUUAUAUUGGCUUUAGACGGAGAUGUAGACUUUAAACCCGAAGCCGUUACAUUACUGGUAAAUAGAAUGACGAAGAAUGAAAAAACUGGUGCAGCCUGUGGGCGUAUACAUCCCAUUGGAAGUGGUCCGAUGACCUGGUAUCAAAUAUUCGAGUAUGCUAUUGGUCAUUGGUUUCAAAAGUCAACAGAGCAUGUUCUAGGUAGUGUUCUUUGUUCUCCUGGCUGUUUCUCUUUAUUUAGAGGAUCAAGUCUGCUAUCUAACAAUGUGCUUAGAAAGUACGCAUCCGUAGCCGAAGAACCAGUACAUCACAUUCAGUGGGAUCAAGGAGAAGAUAGAUGGCUCUGUACAUUGCUUAUUCAAGCAGGAUUCCGAGUAGAUUACACAGCUGCCUCUGAUGCAUUAACUUUCUGUCCCGAAAGUUUCAAGGAAUUCUUUCUCCAGAGAAGACGCUGGAUGCCUUCAACAUUGGCUAAUAUUUUUGAUCUUUUAUCCGAUUCUCAAAGUGUAAGGGCGAAUAAUCAAAACAUUAGCCCAUUCUACAUAUUAUACCAGUUCUUUUUAAUGAUAUCGACUAUAUUAGGACCCUCGACAAUAUUAUUAAGUAUUGCAGCAGCUUUUACGACCGUAUUUCCGAAAUGGGACCUUUGGGUAUGCUAUGGAGUAGCUUUGGGCCCUGCAGUAUUCUAUAUUGCUGUAUGUUUCAAGUGUAAGAACGACACACAAAUUCUUAUCGGAGGACUUUUAUCUACUCUCUAUACAAGUAUUAUGCUUAUUGUUCUGGUCUCAAUUAUACAAUCAGCAACUAGAUUGUCAGAAAUCAACCCCUCAUUAGUUUUUAUAGUUGCGUUUGCGGUAGCUUUUAUCUUUGCUGGCAUUGUUCAUCCUCAAGAGGUUUACUGUUUAGCGCAUGGUAUCUUAUAUUUCCUCACCAUACCCUCUGGAUAUUUGAUACUCGUUAUAUACUCCAUGUGCAAUCUACAUGUGACUAGCUGGGGAACUAGAGAAAGCAAAACACCAGAGGUGAAAACAGGGACAGAAGAUGUAAAGACUCAAUCGAAGAAAAAGUUCUUUGGCAUAUUUUCAAGAGUAUCAGUUCUAAAUGAUAUUAAAGAUAUCAUAAAUCAACUAUUUACCUCGAAAACUGCCGAAAAUCAAAGUAAAAUGAUCGGCAUUUUAAGUUCCAUACAUGCUGACAUGAAAUCUUUGUUAACUGACUUACCAAGACUGGUGAAUUCCCGAGAAAAAUUAGAAGCAGAGGAAGGUGAAGCAGCUGAAGUAGUUAAAGCUGGUGAAGCGGUUGAAGAAGACCAAACGAAUAUAGAUACAAGUAAGAAUAAUCAGAAAAAUGAUACUGCAACACCAGUUGCAGGUCAUUUGAAAAAUAAAUGGAUCAAUGUACGUAAAAACGAAAAGGAACUGUUGAACACAGAAGAGGAAAUCUUUUGGACCAAGUUAAUAGAAAAAUAUCUAAAGCCGUUGAAUCCCACUAAAGAAGAAUCGGAGAGGGUACGUAGUGAACUAUUAGAUUUAAGGAACCAAGUUGGAUUCGGUAUGUGGUUGGCAAAUGGCUUAUGGGUCCUAUUUAAUUAUAUGCUUCAAGCUGAUACUAGUCUUAGACCCACACUUUGGGGAGGAUAUAAAUUUCAACCAGCCGGCUUAGCAUUUAUGCUCUUUUUCGCCUUGGUUCUCAUCCUACAACUAUGCGGUAUGAUAAAACACAGAUGGGGUACUUUUCUACAGCUUCUAUCCAUGACAAAACUGAGGGGAAAUGGAAAGGCUGCCAAGAAAAUAUAUAAAAAAGCUAUAAAAGUUUACGCCGAUUGUUAUAGAGCAAAUAAUGAAAGUCAUGCUAUUGUCGAUAAUGCAUCAGAUCAAGAUGAAGACGAGUUGGAAAGCAAUGGUGAGCAUUUAGAAGAAGAACAUCAAAGGAACUUUAAAAUGAUUUACAGGCAAAUGUCCAGCAAAUAUAGAUACAGCAGAAGAAUAUAUUAAAUAUUUUCCUAAAAUGAAGAAACAAUAGUACAUGUGUAAAUUGUUUAUGUUGAUCUAUUAUUCUUUUUCUAACCCUCUUAACGACACUUUCCUAAUGGAGAAAUAUAUAUAAAUGAAUAAUUAAUUAGAAAGGGAGUUAAGCAAAUUCAACAUUGUACGUAAUGCAAAAG